CAGUGUGCGCCGGUCCGCUCCCCCCGCCCCCUUUGGGAAUUAUGUAGGAUUUUCUCCAGGAGCUCACAUUCUAUCGGUGGAACGUUGGCGAUCGAUGUGUCGCGCGUCCCCACCAUCCCCGGAGCGCUGCAGCCACGGGCCCCAGGCUGUGUUCCCAGGCGUCUGUACUAGGGACUGGUUGGCCCUGCGGCUUCUCCUGGGAUCUGAUCAGUCCGGCUCCUCCGGCUGCCGCGGCAGGUGAUUGCCCAGGUGGCUCGCCCUGUCGGCUGCCCGGUUGUAGAAGCAGCAGGAGGUUUUGUAGUGCGUGGUUACGCAGCCUACUCGUCCGUCUGGGAUCUUAGUUAGGGCAGUUCGGUGUGUUAUAAUUGGCUUCCUUUGGCUGCUGUGCAUGGGCCUGCGUGAGUCCUGCCAGCCUUUGUUUUCUUGGUGGUGAGAGAAGGGGAGCAUGGCAGCCUCUGGGUCGGAAAAAAGCAACAAGAAGAAAACAGAGAAGAAACUUGCAGCCCGAGAAGAAGCUAAACUGCUGGCGAGCUUUAUGGGAGUCAUGAAUACCAUGCGAAAACAGAAAACUCUCUGUGAUGUCAUUCUCAUGGUACAGGAAAGAAAGAUCCCAGCUCAUCGUGUUGUGCUUGCUUCAGCCAGUCACUUUUUUAACUUGAUGUUUACUACAAAUAUGCUUGAAUCAAAGUCCUUUGAAGUGGAGCUAAAAGAUGCAGAGCCUGACAUUAUUGAACAGCUUGUGGAGUUUGCUUAUACUGCGAGAAUUUCCGUUAAUAGCAAUAACGUCCAGUCUUUACUAGAUGCAGCAAACCAAUAUCAAAUAGAACCUGUGAAAAAAAUGUGUGUGGAUUUUUUGAAAGAGCAAGUGGAUGCUUCAAACUGUCUUGGUAUAAGUGUAUUAGCAGAAUGCCUAGACUGUCCAGAACUGAAGGCCACUGCAGAUGACUUUAUCCAUCAACAUUUCACUGAAGUUUACAAGACAGAUGAGUUUCUACAGCUUGAUGUUAAACGUGUGACACAUCUCCUGAACCAGGACACACUAACUGUAAGGGCAGAAGAUCAGGUUUAUGAUGCAGCAGUCAGGUGGCUGAAGUAUGAUGAACCUAACCGCCAGCCAUACAUGGUCGACAUCCUUGCUAAAGUCAGAUUUCCUCUUAUAUCGAAGAACUUCUUAAGUAAAACCGUACAAGCUGAGCCACUUAUUCAGGAUAACCCUGAAUGCCUUAAAAUGGUGAUCAGUGGAAUGCGAUAUCAUCUGCUGUCUCCGGAGGACAGAGAAGAACUAGUGGAGGGCACGCGGCCACGAAGGAAAAAACACGAUUACCGCAUUGCCUUAUUUGGAGGAUCACAGCCACAGUCUUGCAGAUACUUUAAUCCAAAGGAUUACAGCUGGACAGACAUCCGAUGUCCCUUUGAAAAGCGCAGAGAUGCAGCUUGUGUCUUCUGGGACAAUGUAGUUUAUAUUUUGGGUGGCUCCCAACUCUUCCCUAUAAAGCGAAUGGACUGCUACAAUGUGGUGAAGGAUAGCUGGUAUUCCAAACUGGGACCUCCAACGCCUCGAGAUAGCCUUGCAGCCUGUGCUGCGGAGGGCAAAAUUUAUACAUCUGGUGGUUCAGAAGUGGGAAAUUCUGCUCUGUAUUUAUUUGAAUGCUAUGAUACAAGAACAGAAAGCUGGCACACAAAGCCCAGCAUGCUGACUCAGCGUUGCAGUCAUGGGAUGGUGGAGGCAAAUGGCCUGAUUUACGUAUGUGGAGGAAGCUUGGGAAACAAUGUUUCUGGAAGGGUCCUGAAUUCCUGUGAAGUUUAUGAUCCAGCAACAGAAACGUGGACUGAGCUGUGUCCAAUGAUAGAAGCCAGGAAGAAUCAUGGGCUGGUGUUUGUAAAAGACAAAAUAUUUGCUGUGGGUGGACAAAAUGGCUUAGGUGGCCUAGACAACGUGGAAUAUUAUGAUAUUAAGAUGAAUGAAUGGAAGAUGGUGUCACCAAUGCCAUGGAAGGGUGUAACAGUGAAGUGUGCUGCUGUGGGCUCUAUAGUCUAUGUCCUGGCUGGCUUUCAGGGUGUGGGCCGAUUAGGGCACAUCCUUGAAUAUAAUACUGAAACAGACAAGUGGGUAGCCAACUCCAAAGUCCGUGCUUUCCCAGUGACGAGUUGUUUAAUCUGUGUUGUUGAUACUUGUGGAGCAAAUGAAGAGACAUUAGAGACAUGAAGGCCUCAAGGAGAGGUCAGGACAUUUUUCAGAGACUUGGAAAAGAUGGCCAUUGGUGCUUUGCUUCUGUGUUUUAUUGAUUCCUGUUAAACUGAAUAAUCUGAAAAACUGAGAUGCAGUCCUCACAUUUGUAUAUACAGUAUGUGCCAGUUUAAUUUUUACAGUUUGUUUUAAAAGAUGGGAUGCAUUUCAAGAUUCCACUAACAUAGUUGAGAACACAUGACCAGUUCUCUUGAAAAUAUUUUUUUUUGGGUGGCUUUGCCAAAAAACAGACCACCUCCACCCUCACCCCACACCACUCAACCCAGUUACUUAGAAAAUGUUAGUGCAUUUGAUGUAGUUUAGCCUAAAUCUCAUCUCAUCUUUACUUUACUUAGUUAAGUUACUUAGUUAAGUCAUCUUUACUUUACUUUAGUUAAGUGAAAAGCAGACUGUGAAGAGUAACAAAGGGAUCUCAUAAAACUGGGUGGCUGGGCAAUAAAACGGCAGAUGAAAUUCAGUGUUGAUAAAUACAAAGUAAUGCACAUUGGAAAACAUAAUCUCAGCUAUACAUAUAAAAUGAUGGGGUCUAAGUGGACUGUUACCACUCAAGAAAGAGCUCCUGGAGUCAUUAUGGAUAGUUCUCUGAAAACAUCCACUCAAUGUGCAGCAGCAGUCAAAAAAGCUAAUAAAAUGUUGGGAAUCAUUAAGAAAGGGAUAGAUAAUAAGACAGAAAAUAUCAUAUUGCCUCUAUAUAAAGCCAUGGUUCACCCAUAUCUUGAAUACUCGUGCAGAUGUGGUCGCCCCAUCUCAAAAAAGAUAUAUUGGAAUUGGAAAAGGUUCAGAAAAGGCAACAAAAAUGAUUAGGAGUAUGGAACAGUUUCCAUAUGAGAAGAGUAAUAAGACCUGGAACUCUUCAGCCUGAAAAAAAGAUGACUAAGGGGGAUAUGAUAGUCUAUAUCGGAUGUGGAGAAAGUAAAUAUGGAAAUGUUAUUUACUCCUCAUAAUUUCAUUUGGUGACCCCUAGUACUUGUGUUAAUAGGCAGAGGGUUUAAACAAAAGGAGGUAUUUCUUCACACAACACACAGUCAACCUGUGGAUGUUGAGGAUGUUGUGAAGGCCAAGACUAUAACAGGGUUGAAAAAAGAACUAGAUAAAUUCAUGGAGGAUAGGUAAGGCUACAUGUCUGUCACAGAGAUCACGGAAAUCAUGAAUUCCAUGACUUCUGCAGCGGCUGGUGCAGCUAGCUCCAGAGCUGCCCAAGCAGAUCAGGCAGCCCCUGUGCCAGCUGCACCGGCUGCUGCUGGGGCAGUUUGGGUGUAGGAAAGGGCUCAGGGCUGGGGCAGAGCUUGGGGUGCAGGGCGGCGCUUAUCUGGGGGGCGCUCCCUGGAAGCGACUGACACAUCCCUGCAGCUCGUAGGUGGAAGGGUCAGGAGGCUCUGCGCGCUGCCCGCGCUCGCAGGUGCUGCCCCCGCAGCUCCCAUUGGCUGCGGUUCCCUGCCAAUGGGAGCUGCAGAGUCGGAGCUCGUGGUGGGGGCAGCAUGGGGAGCCCCUGUGGCCUUCCCUCCCCCAUUGGGAGCUACAGGGACAUGCAGAGCCGGGUAGGGAGUCUGCCAGCCCCGCCAACACUGCCCUCCCCCAGCACCAGCAGGGGACCCAGGCUGUUCGCCCCCCUCUUCCUUCCCCCUCAGUCUGCGUGGCGCUGCCUACCCCCCCAGCACCAGCAGGGGUCCUGGGACACACACCCCAGCACCCAUGGCACCCCCAGACCAUGACCACCCCGAGCACCUGCAGCCCCCGAGCCCAAGUUUUUAUUAGGGGUACAAGUCGUGGACAGGUCACGGGCUGUGAAUUUUUGUUUACUGCCCGUGACCUGUCCAUGACUUUUACUAAAAAUACUCAUGACUAAAACAUUGUCUUAAGGAUAGGUCCAUCAAUGACUAUUAGCCGGGAUGGGCAGGGAUGGUGUCCCUAGCCUCUGUUUGCCAGAAGCUGGGAAUGCGCAACUGGGGAUGGAUCACUUGAUGAUUACCUGUUCUGUUCAUUCCCUCUGAAGCACUUGGCAUUGGCCACUGUUGGAAGACAGUUUACUGGGCUAGGUGGACCUUGGGUCUGACCCAGUAUGGCCAUUCUUACGUUCUUAUGAAAUUUCUACAGCUCAGACACAGAGAUUCUCCUGCUACCAAAGGUGAGUGAAUAUAGCUUGGGUCACAAGCAAAAAUGAAUUUGCUCAUACUGUUCCCUUUCUCAUUGAUGCACAUUGCACAACUACAAUUCUACUUAUAUAACUGUAAGUAUCCAGCCUUGCAACACAAGGGGUAUAAUGGAUUAGGAGUGAUGUGCCGAUAACUUGCACAGCGCCUGUCUGUACUAUGGCUGAUUUAUUCCCAUGCUGUUCAUACCUCACCUUCAUGAUCAUUUCAGUGUAUACUGAUUUUAAAUAUUAGGUCAUAUGUACAUUACAGAAACAUUGAUGCCUAGAUAUUUGAUUUGGCACUUUGAGGGCCUUAUACAAAAAGACCUCUAAAUUAUCACAGAACUCAGAAUCUUGAAGUUUGAUUGCAUAUUUCAUUCCUCACAAUAAUAGUGCUCUGUACUAUCAGAUUGGGCACUUGGGAUCAAUUCCCAAUCUGUUUUCCCAUUCAAAUGUGCAGUAAGCACUGUGGAAGCCAACCCAUUUGUGAAGAUUUGGGGUGGAAAAGUAGUCAAUAAGAUAGUUAUAUUGACUUUCUUCCUAUUGGAAUUGAUUGUGUAAAAUUCCUUACAAUAAUUUUAUAGAGACUUAUAAAGUUGGAAAAGAUUUUGAAAAAUCUGUGGACUAUAAGCAUACAGUACUGUAAGUGUAUCGAAAUCAUCAAAAACUUCACUGUAAACAUGGCAACAAUAUAAUCUUCCAGUUCCCCCAUGCUUCAGUUUACAAGACAAAAAAGCUAAAGUGUUAAUGCUUGUCAGCUAACCUCUCAUACACUUAUCAAAGUCAAUACUGUAUACACUUUCCCACUUUGAAAAACUACAGACUUGUAUGCAUUAGUUUGUACUGCUGUGCACAUUAGUUCAGUUAGUUCAUGAGUUUUCACCCUAAUUUUAUCAGUUCUAUAACCUCCUAUCCUUUUCAGACCCAUCCCUGCUAGACUAUCAAGAUAGCAAUGACUUUAAUUAAAAAAAAAUUACAUUUUUAAUGGAUACUCUGCCAAAAGGAAAAUGGGAUGUCUAAAAGAUGCUCUGCUCCAAGUUCUAUAUAAAUUUGGUAAAAUCCCAGCUUCCAGAUCUCACUAACUUUCAAGUAUCUCUGGGGGCUAAAGUAUCACAUAUACUCUCAUAGACUGGAUUAAAUCCUACACUUUCUGGGUUCAACAGGCUGAUUUUUAUAACUGCUAGUAUGUUUGUAAAAUUCCAAAGCACAUUUCUCUAAUUUUAUUUUCGAUAGGUUGAUAAUUUUCUUAAACUACCGACAAAUUUAUAAAUACAAAGAAUGAAAGGAUUUGAACAAAUUUGACUGCCGUGUAGCACAGUUAAAAAGCAGCUUCAGUUGGACAUUUUGUUGGAACUGCUAUACAGUACUUUUGGUUUUAGCCUUUUUGUCUUUUCUAGAAGAUCAAUCCACCUCUUAUUAAUCAGUCAAUCUCUAUAAUUUAUUGACUUAAACUAGUGUAAAGUAAUGAAGAUCUUGCUUAUGUACUUCAUCUGUUAGAGUUUAUUUGGGUUUUCUCAUGCUAUGUAAUCUAGCUUGUAGUCUAGAGUAUGCUAAACCUGGUUCAUUGUCGGAAUUAUUGGUAUCAGUAUUUGAACAUUACUGAGAGUACAACAAAACUUUUCUUCAUAGAUAAUUCUGUGUAUCAAGCACAUGUACUGAUAAACCUUAAGUAUGGCUUCUGUGUUAAGUAUCAGAAGCACCCUUUGAAACUUUCUGUUGGAAAUGAAACGAAUACCUCAGUGAAGUUUGUGGAUCAGUAAACAUUGUUCAGUAAAUGUUUUCUUCAGUACUAACAGUAAA